AUGACUCGUAUUUUGCUAUUUAUUGAAUUUUUUACUUUAAUUUUUACUGUUAUUAAUGGGACACACUUUCAUGGUGGUACUAUUACUUGGCAUCCCCUAAAUUCAUCAGAUACAGGAUCACCUGUCGCCAUUGUUAUUACCCAAACAUAUUUGUGGACAUGGUCAGUUGCUCUAUGUACGAGUAGUAAUAUUGCUAGUAGUGCUAGCAUAAGUUUCACUCAUUAUUAUCCAAGUACCUCUAGUCAUCUAGAUUGUGCUCUUAAUUGUGCAACAGCUACUGGAUAUGUUGCUCCACCAAUCUUGCCUGAUUGUACUGAUGCUUCUUCAGCACAAGAUACUACUGCUGGUCAACGUUCGGAUAUUGUCUAUGUUCCAAGAAAUGCUGAUUUUACUGUUGCAUUUGCUAGUUCAGCUUGGCGUUCAUUAGCUACUAAUUCUGCAGCUGAUUGGUCCAUUGCAUCACGCAUUGAAUUGACACCCAGAUCUGAUAAUGGUCUGUAUAAUAAUGCACCUAUAGCAACAGUCAUGUCUCCUAUAUAUAUUCCUCAACAUCAACCAACAGCUAUUCAUAUACCUAUAGGUGAUGCAGAUGGAGAUAUAAUGCGGUGUCGAUGGUCAAGUGGUACAACUGAAUGUGGACAUGUUUGUCCACCAGGAUCUUUACCAAGUGGUACAUUAAUCUUUUCGAAUUGUACAAUUAUUAUUACUGGUACUAAUAUAGGAGAUUGGUUUGCUGUUACAGUCAUGGUUGAAGAUUUUAUUAGUUCAUCAAGUACAACACCACUUAGUUCAGUACCUGUUCAAUUUCUUGUUCAUGUUGUUGCACCAUCAUCAUGCUCCACACCACCAGAAGUUUAUGAACUUUCUAAUAAGUCUUGUAUACCAAUUACUGUCGGUCACACGUUUACAUCACAUUUAAUUGCGAUUAACAAUUGUGGUUCUUCUGUUAGUAUUAUUGAUAUUUCAACAUUGUCCUUUGCUGGAAUGGUUCAAAGUAGUAUUAUUCAACAAGAUUCAAUGACUUAUUAUAAAACUCUUUCAUGGAUACCAACGACAAGUCAACUUGGAUAUCAAGUUAUGUGUGCCAUGGCUCUUGAUAGUCAAAAUUCACAAUCUGCACAAUAUUGUUUUAAGUUUUAUGUAUCACAAAGUGGUGUUAGUAAUUGUCCUGGUGAUCCUAUUGUUACAUCAACAACUACAACAACCACAACUACAACAACGACGAGCUCAUCCACAACAACAUCAAGUACAAUAAGUACAACAUCAACAUCAACUUCUACAACAUCAAGAUCAACUACAAGUACAACUUCAACAACAACAACAACAUCAACUACAACAUCUACAACAUCAACUUCAACUACUACUACAACUUCGACAACAUCAACAACAUCAACUACAUCAACAACUUCUACAUCGACAACAUCAACUACAAGUACUUCUAUACCGACAAGUUGGGUAAUCUAUGAAGAAAAUGGUCCAUUUGAAUUAUAUCAUAUUGAUCGAUGUACUGAUCGAGAAUGUCAAUGGACAUGCGCAUCAAUUCCAUCCAACAGCAUACUUUCAAAUAACGCAAAAAAAUAUCUUGUUGAUGGGCUUUUCAAUGAAAAUUCAAAAAAGUCUACAAAUGAUGAUAUAAAAUUAUUUAAGUUACUUACACCUACUACAUCGUGUUCAAGUGAAGAUAAAAAUCAUCUAUCCAUGAUUGAUGUUCAUGCUAAGAAUUUUUUAUCAAUGAAUAAUAAUAAUACUAGAUUAAAACCAGUCGGUUUUAAUCAUGUAUCUGUAACAAAAGUUAAGAAAGUAAACAAAAUGCACAGUAUAUUGAAUCUAGGUAUUCAAUCUCCGAUUCGAAGAUUUGAUGAAAAUGCUGAUUCAUCUGUUCAACGACCGAUCAAUGGUGCAACUGUACAAGUAUCUCGAAUAAAGUCAUCAACAAAGAAAAGACUAGAUACACUGAAAAAUAAAUCAGUACAACAGCAUGAAACAAAUUCCGUUGUUGAUUCGAUGAAUGUUAUUCGAGUUACUCAUGUACCUUCCCGAUUAACAGAAGUAGAUUCAAUAUCAGUACAAAUUGAUCGUCCACCAAUUAUUGAAAAUACAAGUCGAUUAGAUGAAAAUGUGAAAACUCGAACUUCAAUUGGUUUAUUAAAGAAAAACAAAGACAAAAUUCAUGUAAAACCUAUUCGAUCAACUCAUCGAACAUCAGUAUAUGAACAUCGUCCUUCACAAAUUGAAACAAUCAAGUUAUUCUCCUUAAAUAGUGUUUCGGAACACAAAACAACGUCACAAUUAUCAUCUGUUCGGGUAGAACGUAUUCAAAGAGAAAAAAUCAAAUUGAAAUUGGCAAGGAAUAUUGUUUCAUUUGAAUCGAUUUCGAGACCGACAGGAAACGAAAAGAAAGAUCAAGAUAAACGAAACAUAAAAUUUGGUGUUGCUGUAGAACGAAUAUCAAGAGAAAAAAGUACGGAAUCAAUAAAAUAA